CUCACAUCGUUUGAUAAACAAAUUCAAUUCGAUUUUUUUGUAGCAAAAAUGAUACUAAAUAAAUUGAGUCGAACGAUAUUGUCGAUUGGCAAAAAUCGACAUCAAAAUUGUAGGCAAUUUUUCAAAUUCGGCGGAAAUACCGAUACCGGAGAUUACGAAGUUGUUCGACCUGGAUAUGUGUCGCCGAUGCGUUAUGUACCUGAUCACAUUGAAAAACCAAAAUAUUACGAUGAUGGUGUACCUGAUUUAUUUAAAUCGGUGAAAGUUGAAUUAAAACGAUCAAAAGCCAUAUCAGCGAUGAGAGAUAGCUGCCGACUGGCCGCUCAAAUCUUAAACGAAUGUGAGAAAAUAUUGAAGCCCGGAGUGACAACAGAAGAGAUUGAUGAACUUGUGCAUGAACAAACCAUUGCAGCGAAUGCGUAUCCUUCACCGCUUCUCUAUUGUGCCUUUCCAAAAUCGGUGUGCACAUCUGUAAAUAAUAUUGUAUGCCAUGGAAUCCCAGAUGAUCGACCAUUGGUUGAUGGAGAUAUUAUAAAUAUUGAUAUUACUGUGUUUUUGAAUGGCUAUCAUGGUGAUUGUUCGAAAACAUUUUUAAUUGGAAAUGUGGAUGCACUCGGUAAACACUUGGUUAAAGUGACCGAAGAGUGUUUGUACAAAGGCAUUAACGUUUGUGGACCGGCAGUUCGGUUUAAGGAAAUUGGCACAGCCAUUGAAGAACAUGCGAUGCAAAAUGGAGUUGAAGUAAUUCGAGACUUUAUAGGUCAUGGAAUUGGAGAAUACUUCCAUGGCAAGCCGGAAAUUUGCCAUUAUCGAAACGAUUAUGAUGGUACUAUGAUGCCCGGAAUGACGUUCACAAUUGAGCCAAUUCUGUGUUUGGGUCAGCCAAAAUUCAAAAUUCUCGAAGAUGAAUGGACAGCAACAACAAAGGAUAAUUCACGAUCGGCACAAUUUGAACACACUAUUUUAAUAACAACAGAAGGUGUUGAAGUUUUGACGUUACUCGAUCCAUCAAAAUUAUUAUCACACGGGACAACAAAUGCGUCACCAAAUAAAUUAGUUUAAUUUUUAAACAAAUAAA